UUUCCUGGAGUAGUAGCCUACAACAUGAGCAAGGCUGCUGUGGACCAGUUAACUCGCUCUGUGGCCCUUGAAGUUGCAGAGCGUGGUGUUCGUGUCAAUGCUGUCAAUCCUGGAGUUAUAGUAACUGAAGUACAUAAGAGAGGUGGCAUGAGUGAAGAGGAUUAUAAAAAGUUUCUGGAACAUGGAAAGACAACUCAUGCUAUGGGAAGAGUUGGAGAGGUGGAAGAGGUAUCCAGAGCUGUUGUCUUCUUGGCUUCAGACAAUGCAUCUUUUAUUACAGGUGUUACCUUGCCUAUUGAUGGUGGGAGGUCUAUAAUGUGCCCACGUUAGCAAUGUUGCCUUCAUAGAGAUAUACUUGGCAUUACUGUGGUUAUUGCCUUCCCAUCAUUGGCUUUCAUUUUAGGUGAACCUUGAAUAACCUCCAGUUAUUCAUAUUUUGAUUGAGAUUUAUACAUUUCUUCAUAUUAAACAGUCUGUAGUUACAAUUUAAUUUGUGAUUUGCUUAACCUUCCAGAAUCAAAUCAUGUUGAAACCAACUGUGUGCAAAUAAUGCCUUGACUUAAUCUAUGUAAUAUUUAUUCCCUCCUUUCCUCAUAAAAAAAUAAUUAACAGUAGACAGCAAUAAAUUUAGAUAUGACAGUAA